AUGGGAGUCGAUCUAGAUAGAUAUGUCAAGCCAGGCAGGAGUUUCUAUCUCGCAUUAGGAUUAGAAGGCUCGGCAAAUAAGCUAGGCGUUGGUGUCAUCAAACAUAAUACCGGUGAGUUAUCGGACACUAAUCGAGCUGAGGUCCUAUCCAAUGUCAGAGAUACAUACAUCACACCUCCAGGUGAGGGUUUCUUGCCAAGAGACACCGCUAGGCAUCACAGAAAUUGGGUAGUCCGCAUAAUAAAACGAGCUUUAGCGGAUGCCAAAAUUUGCGGUGAGGACUUGGAUUGUAUUUGCUUCACACAGGGUCCUGGCAUGGGCGCCCCAUUACAGAGUGUUGUAAUUGCGGCGAGAACACUAUCACAACUUUGGGAAAAACCUCUUGUUGGUGUCAAUCACUGUGUUGGUCAUAUAGAGAUGGGAAGAGAGAUCACAGGAGCUCAAAAUCCUGUUGUUCUUUAUGUGUCAGGAGGCAACACACAAGUCAUCGCAUACUCCAAACAAAGAUACCGUAUUUUUGGUGAAACCCUAGAUAUAGCCAUUGGGAACUGUUUGGACAGAUUUGCACGAACGCUAAGAAUUCCGAAUGAGCCGGCCCCUGGGUACAAUAUAGAACAAAUGGCCAAGAAAGGACGUCAUUUGGUUCCCUUGCCAUACACAGUGAAAGGAAUGGAUCUUUCCAUGUCAGGUAUUUUGGCUCAUAUUGAUGAAAUCGCUAAGGAGUUAUUCAAGAAAGGGGGCAAAAAAUUGAAGGAUGCAGAGACAGAUGAGCCUAUCACAGCAGAGGAUUUGUGUUUUUCUCUUCAGGAAACUCUUUUCGCUAUGUUAGUCGAGAUCACGGAGAGAGCUAUGGCACAUGUCCAAAGUAAUCAGGUUUUGAUUGUUGGAGGCGUUGGCUCCAAUGAACGCCUACAAGAGAUGAUGGCAUUAAUGGUAAAGGAUAGAAGAAACGGCUCGGUUCAUGCCACAGACGAACGAUUCUGCAUUGACAAUGGCAUCAUGAUUGCGCAUGCUGGUCUACUCGGCUAUAGGAUGGGUCAGGUCAACGAUCUCAAGGACACCGUUUGUACACAACGAUUCAGAACGGAUGAGGUGUUCGUGGAAUGGAGGGAUGAUUAA